AUGUAUCGAUUGGCUGCUGUUGCAAGAAACUUUCGAGACACGGGAAAUAGUCCAUCUUUGAUAGCCAAUCGGUACGUCCAGCAAACACAUUAUUUAAAGUGCAAUAAUCAAAAAAUGGAACACAAUGGCAAAGUAAUUUGCAAUGAAGCAUUGGAAGAAAUCGACCAGAAUAUUGUCAAAGUCGAGUUGAUUAAAUGUGAACAAAAUUUUGACACUGAAACUCUAGCAGUUGAUCUGUCUCCUCCAAUAGAAGAAUAUAAUACCACUUUGCCGAAACGUAGAGGUAGACGUAGGAAGACAUCGUUAGAUCUCAUCAAGUUGCAGUCUUCAACAUCAAAGCUAAAUUACUCCACGACAGACUUAAAAUUUGGAUUGUGGAAGGAUCGCUUCCGCCCGAUACAACCAAAACCUUCACCAUCAAUAUCUUUACCAUUUGGUGCCUCACCAUUAAAACAUAAAUCAUUUGGAAUGCCAUCUCCGUCGAAUAUACCCAUCUUAACAUCAAAUGUGAAUGUGCCAAGUAAGAAUAAAACCUUGGGUAGUCUCAGCAAAACAAAUCAUUGCAUUAGAAUAGACAAUGGUGAUACCGGAAGUAUUAUAUCAACAAUUAAGGAAUGCAAGGUUAACAAAAAUGUAAAUGCAAAUUUGAACACCAUGGCCAGUAGUAAAGGUUUGCAUAAUAUUAAGAUAACAUCUACAUCCCACAAGAGUAGUAUCGAAUUAUUUUUUGCAAGUAUGGCGCAGACUGUGUUGAAUUUGCCUAAGGAAGUACAAGCGGAUAUUAAAAUGCAGAUCUGUAAGAUUGUUACUAUGGCAGAGGUAAAGUAUUCUGGAUUAUAGAUCAAAGGCUGAUUAAACUUUGAAAACUGACAAUCUAUUGUUAUCUAUCAAGUUGGAAUUUGUGCAGAUUUUUAUUAUAUAUAUAUAUCUCAGAUUUUGUAUAAAAAAAUAAUUGAAUAUAUAAUUUAAAAUUUAUAUAUGUAUGAACAAUUGAUAUUAUAUAUAUAUCACAUCUCGAGCAUUUUCUUUAAUUUAUUAUAACUCAAAUAUAAAGCUUGAUGGAUAUAUAUAUAUUUAUAUGACAUUUUUUUUUCUUAUUAUGAACUCUAUAGUUUACUUCCUGU